AGAAGAAAACGAGGGCUGAAAACCAAACUGAAUCGUAAUAUCUAUAUACUGAUUUUCUACAAAUAGAGGAAAAUAACUGACUUCGGCACAAUCCUGUGAAUCCGUUAGCUUCCGUAUAACUCAAUUCUCCUCCUCCUCCUCCAUCUUCUUCCUCACCUUCCUCCUCCUCCCCAAAAUCUCAACCUUGAAACCCAUAAUUCCGUCCUCUGCAACCCCGAUGGAUUCAGAACAAACGGAGAAGAAAGGAACCAUUCUGAUGCAGAAAUACGAGCUAGGCCGUUUGUUAGGCCAAGGCACAUUCGCCAAAGUCUACCACGCCAGAAACAUCAAAACCAACGAGAGCGUCGCCAUUAAAGUCAUCAACAAGCAGAAGAUUCUCCGAAUCGGCUUGAUCGACCAAAUCAAGCGCGAGAUCUCCGUGAUGCGCCUCGUAAGGCACCCCAACAUCGUCCAGCUCUACGAAGUAAUGGCCAGCAAAACCAAAAUCUACUUCGCAAUGGAGUACGUCAAAGGCGGCGAGCUCUUCGCCAAAGUGGCCAAAGGGAAAUUGAAGGAGGAUUUGGCGCGAAAGUACUUCCAACAGCUAAUCGGCGCCGUCGAUUUCUGCCAUAGCCGAGGGGUGUAUCAUCGAGAUCUGAAACCGGAGAACCUGCUUCUGGACGAAAAUGGGGAUCUGAAGAUUUCGGAUUUUGGGUUGAGUGCUUUGUACGAACCCAGAAAGAACGAUGGUCUUCUGUACACAACGUGUGGAACACCUGCAUAUGUAGCCCCUGAAGUGCUCAACAAGAAAGGUUAUGAUGGAGCAAAAGCUGAUAUAUGGUCUUGUGGGGUUGUUCUGUUUGUUCUUCUUGCAGGUUUUCUUCCAUUUCAGGAUAAAAAUCUAAUUGAAAUGUAUCGGAAAAUUAAUACUGCGGAUUUCAAGUGCCCCAAAUGGUUCCAACCCCAAGCUAGAAGGGUUAUCACCAGAAUUCUCGAUCCAAAUCCAAGAACAAGAGUGAGUAUUGCUAAGAUUAUGGAAAAUGGCUGGUUUAAAGUUGGGUAUCAGCAGAUUGAACCACCCAAAUCACCAGUUUCCAACCCUGUAAUUGACGUUCAAGCUGCUUUUGAUUCUUCAUCAUCAAGCCCAUCAAAGGAAGAAACCCACGAAAACACAAUGAAAGUGAAGCCAUCUUUCUUCAAUGCGUUUGAUAUAAUAUCUCUAUCUUCAGGAUUUGAUCUCUCUGGUUUGUUUGAGGAAGACAAGCGUCGGAGGCAACAAGCUAGAUUCACCACAACUCAGCCGGCCUCGAAAAUUGUGUCGAAACUGGAAGAAAUAGCAGAAGCAGAGAGCAGAUUCAAGGUUGUGAAGAAAGAUGGGAAAGUGAGAUUGGAGGGAAGCAAAUCAGGUAGGAAAGGAACACUUGGAAUCGAUGCAGAGAUAUUUGAGGUGACGUCAUCGUUUCAUGUUGUGGAGGUGAAGAAAACUGCAGGAGAUACGUUUGAGUAUAUUCAGUUUAGGGAUCAGAGCUUGAAGCCUUCAUUGAAGGAUAUAGUGUGGGCUUGGGAAGGAGGCGAGCAGUAGCUAGAAGCACUAGCUAGCAUCAGCAACAAUAUAUAUAUAUACACACACACAAAUACACACACCAGAAGAUAUGGUUUAUGUUUCUUUGAAUUUGGUUUUGGAAUGUAAUUUGAUGCACUGUUCUGUUUCAUGUGUAUUUUGUUCAGAUAUGUGUUCUUCCACUCUGCAGAAUCACUUGCUGCAAAGUUGUGAAGGUUGUUUCUCGUG